AACCUCCAUCAUUUCCAGUCUGGAUCCUGACAACAUGAAGACUCUUUUGAUUUUGUUUGUCUUGAUGAAUCUGGACAAGCUCCUGAAGACAGGAGACUGCACAGAAACACAAGACCAAAUGCUAUCAAUCACCCCGAAAACACAGGAACAGGUCGACCUUUUGAAGAAUAUUUCUACUCAGUAUGAGAUAGCCUUAUGCCAGCCUGUUGCACCUCAAUAUAUCAAAGAAGAAACUGAAGUCCACUUGUUUGUUCCUGCAAACAGCUCUGAGGCCGUCAUAGAUCUGCUACAGAAACACACCAUGACACACGAGGUGUUACUGGCCAAUGCCAAUGAGUUAAUUGAAAUGCAGACGAGGAACGACUCUGCUGACCCACGGAGCAGCUCAACCUUCUACGAGAGAUAUCACAGUCUGGAGGAUAUCUAUUAUUGGAUAAACAGGACCCAUCAGGACAACCAAGACACAGUCAAAGUCAUUCUGAUUGGCUCUUCAUAUGAGAAGCGACCGCUCUAUGCUAUGAAGUUGUCUCUCAAUGACAGGCCGAAUAAGAAAGCAAUUUGGAUUGACUGCGGGAUCCAUGCUAGAGAAUGGAUCUCUCAUGCGUUCUGCUUAUGGUUUGUACAAUAUUCUUUGGCAUUUUACAAGAUAAACUCAGACAUCACUGACAUCUUUGACAACAUGGAUGUCUACGUCCUGCCUGUUAUGAACCCUGAUGGAUACAAGUACACGUGGACAACAAACAGGAUGUGGAGGAAGAACCGCUCUCACAGCAAGAGCAGCAACUGCAUCGGUGUCGACCUCAACAGGAACUUUGAUGCCAACUGGUGCACGGAAGGAGCAUCUGAUGACCCCUGUACUGAGAUCUACUGUGGUGCAUUCCCUGAGUCGGAACCAGAGUCGGAGGCCGUGGCCAACUUCCUGCGCAGUCACAAGGACUCAGUUCAGCUCUACCUUACCAUCCACGCCUACUCUCAGAUGCUGCUCUUCCCGUACUCCUACACCUUUGAGGAAGCAGAAAAUCACCAAGACCUGCUUGAGAUGGCCCAAGAAGCUGUCAAGAAAAUCAGAAGAUAUUACAGGAACAACUACAAAUAUGGCUCUGGAGCAAAGACAAUAUAUUUGGCUCCCGGAGGUUCUGACGACUGGGCGUACAAUCUCGGCAUCAAGUACUCUUUCACGUUUGAGCUCCAGGACCGCGGGCGCUAUGGCUUCCUCCUGCCCCCAUCUCACAUUUCAGGGGCCUGCAAUGAAGCCCUUAUUGCUGUGAAGACCAUUGCUCUCAAAGUUAUAGAGAAAACACAAGAUCCAACAAGUCCUCCUCCAGCUGCCUAAGCAUUUACAUCUGCUAUCAAUGCUGAGAGAUCAAUAUUUUAAGCAAUAUAAUAAUUGUAGUGUUAUAGUUAUGUUAUUGAUGGUGUAAGUAAUGUGUUUAGUAUUGAUUUUUGUGCAGUUAUCCAAUGUGAACUCCUGCUCAGUGUGAUACAAUCUAAUACAGAAGCUCUGCAUUCAAAAUAACUAAAGUUUAAAAAUUGUC